AUGUCUCUUAGUUCUGUCCGCAUCCCUCUUAUGAUGUUUCUGCCCCUCACGGACGUGGUGUCAGAUAGAGAUCAUGUGGGAGAUGAGGAAAAUGCUAUCGACACUCCACGGCCGAAGGAGCUGUCCAAGACCUCAACAAACGUGAGCAAUCUCGAGGCUUUGACUACUCGAGGUUUGACACUCAUUCGGACGAGGGAAUCAGGAAAGGACUUGGGCCCCCCUCCGGACGGCGGCUUCGGCGCAUGGUUCCAAACCCUGAAGCGGCCGCCCUCUGAUAUAUCCUGGGUUGGCAGGACUUUCUCGGGACGUGCCACCGACGCCGGAUACUUCAAAGUCAUCCUGAUUCUCGGGGCCAUACUCGAGCUAUUUUGCAUCUUCAUGACUUCCCUGUGCACUCAGUACUGGCAACUGUUUCUGGCACAGGGGAUCGGCCAAGGGAUUGGCUGCGGGCUCAUGUUUUGCCCGACUAUUGCUUUGAUUCCGACGUACUUUACCCAGAAACGAGCCAUCGCGAUUGGCAUUACAGCCUCGGGAUCGGCCACAGGAGGGCUGGUCUUUCCGGCAGUAGUCAUGCGGCUUCUACCCCAAAUUGGGUACGGAUGGACGGUACGAACGUUGGGCUUCAUUUCGCUAGCCACGUUGACACCUUGCUUGAUCUUUCUUCAGCAAAGGCUGCCGCCCCGUCGUAGUGGACCACUGAUCGAAUUGAAAGCCUUCCGGGAGACUUCCUAUGCGCUUUUUGCGCUGGGAAUGUUCCUGAACUUUUGGGGUCUCUACGUGGGAUUCUUCUAUAUCAGCAGCUUUGCGCAAGACAUCGUCGGCGUCUCGGAGUCUACCUCGAUUGAUGUGCUCCUGGUGAUGAACGGGGUGGGCCUGGUGGGUCGCUUGAUCCCCAACCUACUGGCGGACUGGUACACAGGUCCGUUGAAUAUGCUCAUCCCCUUCAGCCUGAUAACUGGGGUCGUGGCCUAUUGCUGGGCGGUGGUAGGGAGCUAUAGAGGUCUGUACGCUUUCAGUGCCUUCUAUGGGCUUGCAGCGGCCGGCAUUCAAUCCUUGUUCCCCGCCACAUUAAGUACAUUGACGACCGACUUGAAGAAGACAGGGGUUCGCAUGGGGAUGGUAUUGAGUGUGGUGGCAGUGGCCGCCCUCAUUGGCACGCCUAUCGCAGGAGCUCUGGUAGAUCGGGACGGCGGACAAUAUCUAUACGCACAGAUGUUCAUGGGAAGUGCCAUCCUGGCGGGCACAUUGACUUUGAUUGCAGCGCGCACAAGCAAAUUAGGUGGAAAACAUUUCAGUCGUGAUGUUCAGCCCAUUGACAAAGAUGGAAACCCCGUUGGCCUUUGGAGGGAUCCCGAGGAGAACAAUCUCUCCUCUUCCGAGGAGGAGGAAUCUUCUGAAUCAGGCUCCGAAGAGUCCUCCGACAAUGAUGACAACGAACCUUCCCACAGCGCCCGACCCGGUCCGUCUUCCAUACCCGUUGCGAGCAGCAGUGGUACCACCGAAAUGACCCGUGAGGAGCGGCGUGCGGCUGCCAAAGCGAAAAAGCAGGCUGCCCAGGCUCGCCGGAUGCACACUGCCGCUCAACCGGGUGACCUACCCCCUUCGAACUCGGACGGAUCAGGCAACGACACCGACGACGAUGACGACGAUCUACCAGCCAAUCCUAACCACACGGCCAAAUCGCGCUCCCAGCUCAGCGACAACCAGGAAGACGCGCAAAAGCCGAAAGGCGAUCUAUCACAGUUGUCGCGGCGGGAGCGUGAGGCGAUUGAGGCUCAUCAGGCGCGACAACGCUACUUGAAGCUUCAUGCUGAGGGUAAGACAGAGGAGGCUCGCUCCGACUUGGCUCGUUUGGCGAUCGUUCGCGAACAGCGUGAGGCUGAUCGCCUGCGCAAGGAAGCUGAGAAGGAAGAGAAAGUCGAGCUUGCGAAGCAGCGCGCCGCCGAACGAGAUGCCAAGCUGCAGGCUGCCAAGGGUGGGAAGAAAAAAGGUGUGUCAAAGAGAAAGUAA